GAGCUCGGCACGGGGCGCUCGCGGGGCUUCGGCUUCGUGAGUUACGAGGACCGCGUCAGCGCCGCGACGGCGAUCAAGAAGAUGCAGGGCUACAAGGUCCUCGGCAAGCGCUUGAAGGUCGAGUUCAAGAAGGGCGAGGGCGGGGGGCGGAGCGACAUGGCCGACGGGCUGGGCGAUCCUGCAGACGAGGACGAGGCCGCGGGCAGGAGGGCUGGCCAGUCCGACGAGAGGCUGAUCGGCUACCUGCGGGCCAUAUCCGCCAAGAACGCGGUGCAGACGCUGAAG